GACGCAAGACUAGAGAUUGAACUGAAAGAGGAGAGACUACGCACGUUGACCCAAGAAUUGGAGGAGCUCACUUUCGGCGGUAAAACGGAAGAGGAAGUGGCGCAGCUGAAGAAAGCGAAACACGAGUUGGAACGCGCCAAGGAUCAAGAAGAGGAACUGGACGAUUUAGCUGGUCAGGUGCAGCUGCUCGAGCAGGCGAAACUCAGGCUGGAGAUGAGCAUCGAACAACAGCGCAAGGAGAUGCGUAAAGAGAUGCAACAGCGCGACGAGGAACUGGAAGACGUUCGCGGAAACGCGCACAAGAAAGUUAAGGCUCUCGAGUCGCAGUUGGAAAACGAGCACGAGGAGAGGACGAUUCUUAGGGAGAAGCACGAAUUGGAACGCCGUUUGGUAGCUUUGGAGGAACAAGAUCGAGCCGAUCGCGCGACUGAAGCCGAGACUAUGCAGAGACUGAAGAGAGACUUGAAGAGGACAAAGGCCUUACUCAGGGACGCGCAGACGAUGCUCGAGAGAUCCAAAGGCGAUUCGACGGGCAAAGCCGCGCUGCGUCAAUUGAAGAAUCAGCUGGAAGACGCGGAAUGCGCUCGAGCAGUGGCGAUUAAAGCGAAACAGGCGUUGGAACAGGAACUGAACGAAACGCAAGCGAGUCUGGAGGAAGCUAUGCGACAACGUUCCGAAGCGGAAGAGCGGGCCAAUGCGGCCAAUCGCGAACGCACGGAGCUGUUGUCUCAGUUAGAAGAAAACGAAGAGGAGCUUGCUGAGGUCUUGAAGAAAUAUCGAGCCGCCGUGCAACAAGUUUCUUCGGAGCAAAGCCAAUUGCAAGAGGCUCAGGUUCAAAUUGCCGCACUCGAGGCGGAAAAGUCAUCAUUGAAGGACCAAUUAGCGGAACUGGCGCAACGAUUAGAAUCAGUGGAGCAACUCGGCGACCCUACGGCAAACAGUCUCGCUACGAGACGCCUGGAAUUUCGAGCCAAGGAGCUCGAGAGCAAGCUCGAACUGGAGCAAACCACGAGAGCGCGUUUGGAGACGCAAAUAGCACGGUUGAAGGAAAGCGUAGAUAAAUUACAGACGGAAUCAGCCUUACUCAGAACAAAGGAGCAGACUGCUCAAGACGCGGCGAGACGACUGCAACGAUCCUUGCGCGAUGCACGAGACGAAGCCAGCUCAGCGAUAUCGCGUGAACAGGAGGCCCUACGUGCUCGUCGCGAUACAGAGAAAUCUUUGGAAGCCGCAGAGGCUGAGACCAAAGUGGCCAGAGAUGAUCUCAGAUUGGCGCUACAGAGGAUCGACGACUUGCAGAGCGCGAUUCAAGGAGAGCUCGACUUGGACUGUAGCGAGGAAGCCACGAGCGAGAAUAGCGAUAGUGAUUGAUCCGAGCCAAUAUCGGGCCUCGAGUCCGAUCAAAAUGACGAAGGCACGACUGAAACAGGAUCAAUGGACCAGAUGAUGGAUUUAUCUUUGCGUACCGAAACGUCGAACAAAACGUGAACCCGCCUCGUAUUUAACGUAUACGACCGAGACUUACAUAAAAAAGUGACAAACUAGGAUCAUAAUCCGGAGAGACGAAAGACUGGUGAAGAGAAUACGAAGGACGGUAUAAUAGCUCGAAAUCGCGAUGAACUUUAAUCGUGCUGUUUGAACGACGCCGCUGGCGUCUUUUUUCGCUGUCGUGAGGAAUAAAACUACCGCAAGAGUGAAUAAAAACUAGCGCGGAGGCUAGUUGAAUGACGAAAUCAAACUUAUGAAGUAAAGUUCGAGCUGCGGAUCAAGCUAAGAUCACUAAGUUAAUUAACUGUGUGCUCACACAUAGACAUUCUCUCUCUCUCUGCGAGCGAUGAUAAACUUUUUAGGUGCUAACUAUGUAUAAUUCUCAGAAAAAACCUCGAUGUCGUGGCUAACUUUGCACGUCGCACUUAGUCGUGCGUCUGCGGUGCUAUUAUCUCUUGUCCGUUUUUCUUCUUCUUUUUUUUUCUCUUCUUAAACCGUCGAUGACAACGACGUCGUCCUUUUCAGUCUUCCACAGAAAUUCGAGCCAUUUCUUCAUAAGCGCGAAUGCGAAUAUUGAUGAAAUUGCGUACAUUUACUGCCGAACAAAAGUCGAAAUAGGAUUUGACAGAAAAAGCAUUUUUAAUGUUGACAAAGACAAAUUUAUAUCUUUUUAUUAGAAAGAUAUAAGCAAAUAUUUUGCAACGAAUUUUAAGCAAUAGAUUAAAACCUUCCUCUUGAUUUUAAUAAUAUCGAUGUAGCGAGACUUUACCUCUUUUAUAGGAUAUUCGUGCUUUUGUUCGACAGCGUAGAUAUACAUAUAUGUCGUGCGAAUAUUUUUUUGUAGAAUUAGCUCACUUUUUAGAAAAGGACACAUUGCGCUUUUUAUUCUUUACUUCACCUUUGUAUCACAUCGUGUAAAAAGGAAGGAAAGGAAAGGAGCACGACAGAGAAACGCGUGCCACGACUCAAAUUAGGGCUUUGGUUUCAUGUAAGGAUUCUCGUGUAACUUAUUGCUUUGUAAAAUGCAGAUCUCCUAUUUAAUUA